AUGAACGAAUUAAUUCAGAUAGACACGGUUGAAGAGGAACUCGACAAAGAAGCUGAGGACUGCGAAAAUUACCGAAAUCGGGUUACUCUCCGUCUACUAAAAAUUGAAGAAUUAACAAAACCACCGUCUGAGGAUCGGUCGAUAGUCGGAACGAUUAGAGAAGCAGCUGACAAGUCUAAACGAACGUAUAAAUUACCGAAAAUCGAGAUAAAGAAAUUCAACGGUGAAAUAUUGGAAUGGUUAAGUUUCUGGUCACAAUUUGAUAAGAUACAUAAGGAUGAUGAUUUACACAAUUCUGAUAAGUUUCAAUACUUAACACAAGCUAUAAUGGAAAAUACACGAGCAAAAGAAUUGGUAAACAGUUAUCCGCAAACUUCCGAAAACUAUCCAAAGGUAGUAGCAGCACUAAAAGAACGUUUUGGUAAACCAAAAAUUCUUAAGCAAGUUUAUGUUCGCGAACUAAUCAAAAUGAUUGCGAACAAUGUCCGUACCAAGGACAAGGUAUCGAUAUCCAAGUUAUUCGAUAACCUUGAAUCACAUCUACGAGCUUUGGAAACCUUAGGGGUCACUGGUGAACAAACCGCUGAAUUUGUAUUUCCUAUGGUGGAAUCAAUAUUACCCGAAGAGAUAUUAAUUGCAUGGCAACGAAGUCCUAAUUUUGGAAGAGAUGGAAGUGCAAUGCAACCACCACUAUCAGAAUUGGAUUUUCUUAUGAGUUUCCUGAGACAAGAAGUUGAAAGCGAGCAACAACGCAGCCUUGCACGGACAGGUUUCGGGUCGAUUUACAAUAAACUAGAAGAAAAGAAGACACUGAAGAAAAUUCAAUCCAAAGUGGCAACAGCAUCAAGUUUAUAUGUGGGUGAUGAUAGCUCAUGCUUAUUCUGUGAAAAAACUCAUCCAUCAAAUAACUGUGGCAAGGCAGUGGAAAUGUCGUUCAAGGCAAAGAAAGAAUUGCUAAACAAAAAAGGGGCUUGUCACAAAUGUCUAAAAGUUCAUGACUCGAAGAACUGCCGAACGUACAUAAAGUGUACCGGUUGUUCGAAACCACACUUUCAUGUAAUGUGUCCAGACUCACCGAAGAAUAAAGAAACAGUCGUCAACACUGCAUCAAAUGUGAAUUCCAUCGUCAAACAAGUUUUGCUCAAAACUAUUUUGGUCACGAUCAGCUCAAGAAUUGGAAAGAAGACAAUUCGGGUGUUAUUUGAUGAUGGAAGUCAACAAAGCUAUAUCAAAUCGGAAGUAGCGAAAUACUUCAAAUGCAAAGAGAACGGACGAUAUUUUGAAAGGAACACAUUAUUUGGAGGUAUACUUUCGGAGGUUGAAGAACGAACUAUUUAUCGAGUGGAUCUGGUUUCAUUGAAUGGCAAAAUUAAACGGUGCUUGGAACUUACCGGUAGAAGCAAAUUAACUGGCGACAUUAUCAAAAUUCCAGAAGGACCAUGGAUUGACGAAUUAAAAUCGAAAAAUAUUGAAAUUAACGAUAUGCAAUCAAGUGGUCAAGAUGUGGAUGUGCUCAUCGGUGCAGAUUUGGCGAACUUUUUAAUAUCCGAUCAAAGCAUUACCUUAAAAUGUGGAUUAAAGGCUGUUAAGACUGUAUUCGGAUGGACAGUAAUGGGCCCGGUACCAGUACAAAAUAACUUUGUCAAUUCACAUACCCUCUCAAUGAUAACGGAUGAGAUAACCGAAAAAGGAAUCAAAAAUUUGUGGGAUUUAGAAAUCAUUGGAAUCAGGGAUCCAUCAACGAAAAAGUCACAAGAGGACCGAGAUCGUGAAGCACAAGAGCAUUUCAAUACGACGGUUACCAGAAAUGAUGACGGAAGAUAUGUAGUAGCGUUGCCUUGGGUAAACGGCUUGCAGUCAAUUCCGAAUAAUUUUGAGGUCGCAUACAAAAGAUUGGUCAGCACUACAAAAAAGUUAAUAAAAGGAAACAUGUACGACGCAUACAACAAUAUGUUUCAACAGUGGAAAGAUGAAGGCAUAAUCGAGGAAAUAAAGGCUGAGGACAUAAGUUCAAUGAAUGGGCAUUUUAUACCUCACCAAGCUGUUUUUAAGCCCGAAAGCAAAACGACUCCAGUACGACCUGUUUUCGAUGCGUCCUGUAAAGUCGGUCGGUCACCAUCGUUAAACGAAUGUAUGGAGAAAGGGCCAAACUUGAUUGAAUUUAUUCCAAGAUCAAUGCUACAAUUUCGGGAGAAUAAAAUUGGAGCAAUAUCGGACAUACGAAAGGCGUUUCAAAUGAUCGAGAUACAAGAAGCAGAUCAAAAAUAUUUGAUGUUCUUGUGGUGGGAGGAUUCAUCUUGUAAAAAACUGAAAGUUUACAAGCACAAAAGAGUGGUUUUCGGAGUAAAAUCAAGCCCGUUUAUACUGGCAGCAGUCCUUAAUAAACAUCUCAACGACGUAAAAGAAGUUGAUGCUGACAUCGCUCAAAAAUUGCUAAAAUCUCUUUAUGUCGAUAACUCGAUAACAUCGGUAAACAACUGGGAAGAUUAUGAGAAGUAUAAACAAGAAGCUAUUCGUAUAUUGGCUGAUGCAAAAAUGGAUCUUAGAGAAUGGGAACAUAGCGCUGUGGAUGAAUUCAGUGAUGAAACCGGUGAGGACGAAUACUCGGCAGUACUAGGGAUGAAAUGGAAUAAGAAACGUGACACGAUAUCUUGUACGGCUACACCCACCACAUUGGAACAGUUAACAAAGCGAACGUUGUUGUCAACAAUCAACAAGAUAUUCGAUCCAUUAGGAUUCCUUUCGCCAGCAAUGAUAUUUCCGAAAUUGACUCUUCAAGCAUCUUGGGACAAAAAGUUGGACUGGGACGAUGAAUUACCACAAGAUCUAAUGACUCAAUUUAAGAAAUGGAAUCAGCAACUUGGAUAUUUGGUGAAUGUGGAGAUUCCUAGAUGCAUAAAGGGAAAACAUUUCAAUGAGGAGUCGACUAUGCAAAUACAUGUUUUCAAUGAUGCCAGUAAAUUUGCAUACGCCACUGUGAUAUUCCUCCGAGUAGAGACAAACAAAAAUAUUUCUGUCCAGUUAAUACAAGCCAAAACAAGAAUAGCACCAAUCAAUCAGAUAACCAUACCAAGGCUGGAGUUGAUGGCUUGCGUUUUGGGAACCCGACUAAUGAAUUCAGUGAAGGACACUCUUUUCACAAAUAUUCCGUGCUAUUACUGGACAGACUCAACUACAGCACUAGCUUGGAUUUCAAGAAACGACGAGUGGGGUACAUUCGUGGGAAAUAGGGUUAAAGAAAUUAUUGGAUUAACAAACGUACAACAAUGGUUUCAUGUUCCGGGAAUAAAAAACCCAGCCGAUCUGCCAUCUAGAGGAUGUACGCCAAAGGAACUAUUAGAAGCACGAUGGUGGGAGGGCCCAGAAUGGCUCAAAUUACCGAAAAACGAAUGGCCGAAUGAACAAUUUGAAACCGAUGAAGAUAAGGUAAAUGAAGAAAGGAAAAAGUCGGCAAAUAUAGCCACAAUGAGUAAUACGACCGAGAAAAUUGAAGAUCCAUGGUUUGCAAAGCGACAAUCUCAUCUGUUGAAUUUACGAAUUCUGGCUUGGGUACAACGCUUUAAAAAUAACUGUCUGGCACGAAGUAAAAAUACGAUUCGUCGAUCCGGAUGGUUAACAAUGGCCGAAGUGCAGCAAGCAGAAAUCACGAUGGUGCGAAUGAUACAGCAACAGUCAUUUCCAAAAGACUCCGAAUUCAUUGAAGGCUUACGAGUCAAACAACAAGAGGAAAAAUUAUACUACGUGAAAACCAAGAUCAUGAAUCGAGUAGACCUGGGACGAUUUAAGCAACCAUUAUUACUUCCUCAUACACAUCCAGUAGUAGAUAAAAUCAUUGAAGAAGAACACAAGCAACAUGGUCACGCAGGAGCACAGUUUCUUAUUGCUAAAUUAAGAGAACGAUUUUGGAUUGUAAAAACGAGAAAAGCAGUUCGGCGUGUAAUCAAGAAAUGUGUGGUCUGCAAACGAUUCGGAAAAGCAGAAACAACCGUACCAAUUGCUCCACUACCGGAAAACCGAGUAAAGGAUGCGAAAGUCUUCGAAGUCACAGGAAUCGAUUUGGCUGGACCAUUAUAUCUGAAAGAUAACAGCAAGGUAUGGGUGGUAAUCUUCACUUGUGGAAUCUAUCGGGCAGUACAUAUAGAAAGUGUUGAAAGUAUUAACACCGAGCAAUUCAUAUUGGCAUUGUCGCGAUUCAUUUCCCACUGUGGUCGAAUAGCAAUCAUUUAUUCGGAUAACGGAACGAAUUUUGUAAAAGCUGCAUCACUUUUUGGGAAAUUAGAUUGGAAAAGGAUUCAGGAAGCGACAAACGUUCAUCGAAUUCAGUGGAUUUUUAAUCCACCAGCAUCACCAUGGUGGGGUGGUUUCUGGGAAAGACUUGUCCGAACACUGAAAGAAUAUCUGCGAAAAAUACUUGGAAACAAUAAGUUGAAUAAAGUUCAACUGGAUACGGCAUUAGCAUUCGUAAAAUCGUUGAUGAAUUCACGUCCUCUAACUUAUAUCACGGAAGAUCAGGACGAUUUGGUACCAUUGACACCAGCAGCGUUUCUUCGAGAUAUAGAGCCAAGUGAAUUUCCGGAGUUAGUCACCUUAAACGAAAGCUGUUUCCAACGACGCUAUAAAGAACUUCUGACUAUGAAAGAAGAACUCCGUAGCCGAUUCAGAAGUGAGUAUUUGGGACAACUUGUACAAAGGUCAAAACCAACACAAGAUAUCAAAUUCGAAGUUGGGGAUGUGGUUUUGGUAAUGGAUGAAACAAAAAAGAGAUUAGAAUGGCCAAUGGCGAAAAUCAUCGAAAUUUUUCCCGGUCACGAUAAGAAGACGCGAGUGGCUCGAAUCAAAACUAAACAAGGGGAAAUCGUUAGAACGUUGCAACGUCUGGUACAUUUGGAAGUUAAAGCUAGUGAAAUAAAUAUCCAAGAAGAAGCCGUACUGAAAUCAAAGAAAUUAAACAAGAAAACUCCGACACAGUUCAAAUUAAAAGGAUCGGUAAUCGAAAAUGAUCAAAAGGAAAUCAUCACCAAGUCUGGCAGAAAAGUGAAAACACCAAUUCGUUUUCAAUUUUAA